UUUUCUGUAACCCCUGAGCUACACAGGGAGGGCAGCGGUCACCAGGCCGUAUUGAACCUCUUUUUCUGGGUUCAUCAUGUCUGUCAAACAUGCCAUCAGCCGGGGGCUUGAGCUUGGCCGGUCUUUCCUUCAGAUUGGUCUCUUUAAAACAGGCGGCCGAGUUGCAGCAAAGCUCCGAGCUGACCGUUUCCGUGUGGGCCUGUCGGUCCGCACCGCUCAGCCUCAGCCUCAGGCUUUCCUGCCCUCCCGGUACCGCUAUUACCGAACCUCUCUGAAGGGGCUAGCGGCUCAGCUUCAGUCUGCCGGCUUCAGGAGGAGGUUCACCGGCGGCUCCCCGCGGAACAGGGCCGUGUUCCUGGCUUUUGGCCUGGGUGUGGGGCUUAUCGAGCAGCAGCUGGAGGAGGACAGACGGAGCGCUGCUACCUGUCAGGACAUCCAGGCUGUUUUCAAGAAGAAAAAAUUCCAGAGCACACUGAGGCCUUUCACCUCUGGAUUCAAACUGGAGGACUACAUUAUAGGAAAGCAGAUCGGUAAAGGCUCCAACGCGGCUGUGUAUGAGGCUGCCGCUCAGUUCGCCCGCCCUCAGCAGUCUGAAGACGACGCUUCGCUGCAGGAACUAAAGGAUAAUGAAGAGGAAGUCCAGGCGGUACGAUCGGCAGCAUGCUGCUCCCUAAGAAAUUUCCCCUUGGCUAUAAAAAUGCUGUGGAACAUUGGAGCUGGAUCAUCAAGUGAGGCUAUAUUAAAAUCUAUGUCACAAGAGCUUGUACCUGCUGGCCCUUUCGCCUUAAAGCAGGAUAAGGAGCACAUCACUCUGGAUGGACAUUUUGGUUCCCUUCCUAAAAGAGUCUCAGCUCACCCAAACGUGAUCAGAGUGCAUCGAGCUUUCACGGCAGAUGUGCCGCUGCUACCAGGCGCCCAGGAAGAGUAUCCAGAUGUGCUGCCACCCAGGCUCAACCCCGCAGGCCUUGGAAACAAUCGCACUCUUUUCCUUGUCAUGAAGAACUAUCCAUGCACAUUACGUCAGUACCUGCAGGUUUCCACACCCACCCGCUGGCAGGGCUCUUUAAUGUUGCUGCAGCUCCUAGAGGGGGUGGACCAUCUGUGCAGACAGGGUGUAGCUCACAGGGAUCUGAAGUCAGACAACAUUCUGCUGGAGUUUGAUUCAGGUGGCUGCCCCCGUUUGGUAAUCACUGACUUUGGCUGCUGCCUCACUCAGAAUGACUGCAGCCUACAGCUGCCGUUCAACAGCAUGUACGUCGAUAAAGGAGGGAAUGUUUCGCUCAUGGCUCCUGAGGUGAUGACAGCAGUGCCAGGUCCUGGUGUGGUGAUUGACUACACCAAAUCUGAUGCCUGGGCUGUGGGGGCAAUCUCCUAUGAGAUAUUUGGACUGCAUAACCCUUUUUAUGGAGCUGCUGGACUGCAAAGCACAAACUAUCAGGAGAAGCAGCUCCCUCCUCUGCCUGCUCGCGUUCCAGCCGAUGUGCAGUUAGUUAUAAGCCUGCUUUUCAGAAGGAACCCAAAAAAGCGUCCAAGCGCUCGUGUAGCAGCCAACAUGCUCGCCCUAAGCCUCUGGGGUCGCAGGGCCCUGGCCAAUCAGGACAGCGCUGGCAUGAGAAAACUGGCUGAUUGGCUGCUGUGCCAGUCUGCUGUGGUUCUCCUGCAGGGCUGCAGUGGACCCAGUGGGAACAGAGUGGAGGCGGAGCUACAGAGGAGCUUUCUGUCAAACCUAGAGCUGGAAGACCUGCGCGCUGCUGUAGGCUUCCUCCUUUACGGGCGAGAAAAAAGCCACGCCUGCAUGUUUGCAUAGAUUCACACUUUAAAUUCCAACCUUAAAGUAAAACUCCCUCAUCUGCUGUCUGCAUUACUCCCACUAGUUAAUAAACUGUGAGGUGUUAUGUCUAAUAUCCAUCAGUUUGAGCAAUUUUUUCUGUUUGCUGCGGUUUUAAUUGGUGUUAUACACAAUAUGCCUGCAAAAAUCUUUAAAUAGGUUUGACUUGUGUUCAAGAAAAGCUUCCAACAACCUUCAUGAAAAUUGCAUCAUAUCUAACAAGUACUUUGCAUUGAUAUUUUUUUUUUAAAUGCCACCAGUGUCCCUGCAUCUAGUUUCAUUAAAGUAUUUCCCCCAAAACGAGUCAUCGGUUAAUGGAAAGUACUGGUGGCUGCUUGUUUUUUUUGUUUUAAGAGUUGAAAACACUCAAACCUGCAGUCAUUUUUAAACCCUAGUAAAAGUUUAGGUUAAUAGAGAUAUUUUAAAUUAAUUAAUAAUAUUAAUUUAUUGUUAUGUGUGCUUGGAAACACAUGGAAACGUCGGGAUGACAGGCUUUGAGCAGUUUUCCUGUUUGCACUUUAUAUCCAAGUUUGCACAUUGUUGGAACUCUUU